UGACCCUAUCACGUGUUCAGGCAAUCCUUUUGGUUGCUCAUGCUGGAAAUCAUGGCUGCUCUCCUAAGGUCAGCAUCUCAGCUUCGGCUUAUUUCUAGUUUUGUCUCGACUGGAUUAUCGAGUGGAUUAGUAGUAUGCAGGACGGCAUUUCCGCAGUAUCACAAAAGGGCAUUUGGCAAGAAUACUGUGGAAGCUUGUCUAAAACAUAGAGUUUCAGUCACGAAUAUACGAUCCCUGGAGAGUAUGCGCCUGUUAAGUGUGGUCACCCAGCAGAAGGGUACUGUUAAAGAAGAAUCAUCGAGUCCAGCCAUUCGGAGCAAGCAGGCACACCAGUUUGAUUGGGCUCUAAAUAAACUUGACAACUCUGUGAGGAGAACUGGCAGAAUUACUAAAACACUGCUGUUAAGAAUAUUUCAUGACAUCUGUAGAACAGGUUAUCCCAGUGGUAAUCAAGCUUUGCUUCUGUUGCGUAGUUGUGGUUCUCUGCUUCCUGAAUUGCAUUUAGAAGAAAGAACUGAGCUUGCACACAGAAUCUGGGAUAAAUUGCAAGAACUAGGUGCCGUUUAUGAUGCCAGCCAUUACAAUGCCCUGUUGAAGGUAUAUCUUCAAAAUGAGCAUAAGUUUUCACCUACAGGCUUCCUAGCUAAAAUGGAAGCAGCAAAUGUGCCACCUAACAGGGUUACAUAUCAGAGGCUGAUUGCUGCCUAUUGCAGGGAAGGUGAUAUUGAAGGUGCAAGCAAAAUUCUCAGCUUUAUGAAAAACAAGGAUCUGCCUAUUACAGAAGCAGUGUUUAACUCCCUUGUGACAGGACAUGCAAGAAAUGGUGAUAUGGAGAAUGCAGAGAAUAUCCUUUCUGUUAUGAGAGAUUCGGGGAUUGAGCCUGGUCCAGACACUUUUCUAGCACUACUAAACGCAUAUGCUGAAAAAGGGGAUAUUGAUAAAAUUAAACAGACAUUAGGAAAUGUAGAAAAGACUGAAGCUUCUCUCAUGGAUAGAGACUUGAUGCAGAUUGUCUUCACCCUGGCAAAGGCUGGAUAUCCUCAACACGUUCAAACCAUAGUCGAGCACAUGAGACAUGAUCGAGGAUAUGUACCAGAUGCUAUGAACCUUUGUCUGAGUUUGAUUACACAAGGCUUGGAAGAUACUGCAUUUGAUAUUCUGCGAACGUUCCCUACCUUACAUGCAGACAAUCAAAUUUCAGACAGUCCAGAUAUUGGCAAUUUCUUCUUACGACAUUGUGUAAACCUGGAUAAGCCUGUUGAAAAGAUAAAGCAGUUCUGUAUCGCUCUGAAAGAAUCAAACUUACACAGCAGUGCACUACAGUUCAGUCUCUUCUGUGCUUUGGAGGCAAAAAAAUCAGAUACUGCACUCCAGCUGAUGAAAGAAUUGAAAAAGGAUGGGUUUCCUAUCAGGCCUCAUUACGCCUGGCCUUUGUUAGCAGGAUAUCAGAAGGAGAAGAAUGCGCAAGGUACUUUAGCUGUGCUGAAAACAAUGCAGGAACUUGGUGUGGAACCAGAUGUGGAGACUUACACAAACUAUGUUCUGGGAUGUUUUGAUAAUUUUGAAUCGGCACGGACCACAUUAAAGGAGAAUGGCUGCUCAGUUAACAAUGCUGAGUUCCUUGCAUCUGAAUUAAGAACAGAGGCGGUGAAUGGAAGAUUAGGAAAUGUUCUGACCUUGUUGUCGGCACCUGAUACACCUCCAGUUGAUCUUGGCAUGUUCAGAGGUAGCCUUCUUCUGGGAUUCAAAAGGUCAAAGGAUGUAGAACUUCUAGCCAAGAUAACAGAAUUGCUGUAUAAGGAUGGACGAUAUUGUCAGACCCCUCCAGGACCAACUGAAGCUGUUGGCUAUUUUCUUUAUAACUUGAUUGACAGCAUGAGUGACUCAGAGGUACAGGCCAAGGAGGAGCAUCUGAGACAAUACUUCCAUCAACUGAAAAAGACGAACGUGGCAAUAUCUUCCAAUAUUUACAGAGGCAUCCGCAACCUGCUAGAUUCUUAUCAUGUUCCUGAGUUAAUAAAGGAUGUUAUUAUCUUGGUAGAAGACAAAGAUAACAUUUCUUCUAGUCUCCUUUCAGCGGGAAUCUUGCAGAAGAUACCUGCGCUUCAAAGCAGGCUACUUGCAUUAUCAAUGUCACACAAGCUGUUAGGUGUUAACUUAAAAACUCUCAUUCUGCUUAUCCAUUUUAACUCUGAUAAUGUAGAAAAAGCUCUUGAACUGAAAAUGAAGUAUGAAUCUGACAUGAGUGUAGGAGGUUAUGCUGCCUUAAUAAAUUUGUGCUGCCGACAUGACAAUGCUGAGGAAGCAGUGAACCUAAAACAACAACUCAACCGCUUGGAUUCUUCUGUUCCCCUUGAUACAAACAAGUACUUGGCACUGGUGAAGGUUUUAAGCAAACAUGGUAGACUAGAUGAUGCUAUUAACAUUCUAAAAGAGAUGAAAGAGAAAGAUGUUCCAAUCAGAGAUUCGACAACCACAUCAUUUUUCCACAUUCUGAAUGCAGCAGCCAUACGCGGUGAAGUGGAAACAGUAAAACUAUUACUUGAGUCCAUCUUGACCUUGGGUUUGGCAAAACCUACUGCCAACAUCUGCUCUGCACUGGUUACAGUUCAUCUGGAAAAGUGUACUUAUGUCACCAUUAACAAAGCUGUUAAAAAUAGGGAUGAAGAGAAAUCAUGGAUAAUGAAGCACAAAAGAAAUUUAUUUGGGAGUGGAAGAAGGCAAGAUUUACGUUGGAGAAGCACAGGAGGAGCUUAUGCUGCUGUGUGCUUUCCUUCUGAUUCCACACCAUCAGGAAAGUAUAGGAAAGAACUAAUUGCUGAUGAGGGCAUGCUUUCAGUCCCUGAGAUCUGUUACGUUGCAGAACGACCUCCUAGCCCUAACAGUUGCAUGCCUGUUCAGACAGCCUUCUCUACCUCUAGAAUCACCAUACAGUUAUUCUUUGUUUUGCAGAGAUGUGCUGCUAUUGCUGAACAAAGGGAUACCCUUGUGGCUUAUAUUGCCAGAACAGCUCAAAAGGCCGGACAGGCUCAAAGAAUCAAAAGUCUGCUGGAACUCAUAACUGAUUUCCCUGAAAGAGAAAUUGCAUAUGAUUACCUCAUGAAAUGCUAUGGUAAACAGCUUUACUACAUUUUAUUGUGAAGUAGGGAAAAGAGAUGAUAAUAAAAAAAAUUAAACGAUUGUUUAUCAUGUA